CAAUAAAAUGCGAAUAUGGCAAUCCUAGUUUUGCGAAGAAACAUCAAAUCAACAAUUGUUUCUAGAAGGAAAGUGACAUUGGCGUACGAGUAAAGUGAAAUUUAUAAUUAUUUAUAUUGUUUGAAAAUUUAAAAAAUUGAUGCAAAUUUAAAAAAUGAUGGCUCAUUGAAACGCAAAAAUCGUAUGCUGAAUUUCACAUCUUUAGAAAAGCGGCAACUUUGUGAGUUGCGUGAAGGAGUGGCCCAGGAUCUGGGAUAUUAGCAACACAAUGCGGUAAAUCAAUCCUGGCUCCACAUAAGCAAUGCCCUUGAUAAAAGUGUGGAUGAGUGCAAAUCAGCGUGGAUAAGUAUGCGCGAAAGCUAUCGCUACCAUGCUAGGGUAGCUCAUAAGAACAAAAGUGGCAGCGAUGGUGGGGAAGUUUUGGAAACUCCAUCCUUUUCAGAAAACGUUGAUUGGGAGUUUGCGGAGGAAAUGUCAUUUUUGACGAAUGAAUCCCACAAACGGAAGACUUUCACAACUCCAGUAUCUUUCGGAGAAGACUCACAUGCAUCGCCAAUACAUAUCGGCGAGGAUUCUAAUGUGUCACUAACAAGUGCAACCGACUCACAGCACUCAUAUGAUUAUGUAACCCAACCCCCACGAAACGAGGACGGCGAUUAACCUCUCCCUGCAAAAAUCAAGCGUGGAGUCGGUUUGAUAACAUACUCAAGAAGCAAGAGGAAUUGUUGGAAAGUCGCUCAAAUACCACACGCAGCUCCCCUUACGCACAAGCUCUUUCUAGUUUUGAUUGGUUGUUAAAUCAACUGCCUCGAUCUGUUGGCGACGACGUGUGUCUUUCCAUAAAUCUAAUGCUUCUGAAAAAGAUUGAAGAGCAUAAAAAUAAAAACAGAACCAACGAUUAAUAACAUUUUUUUGUAACCAUUUAUAUUAAUAAUAAAAACUUUUCACUUUUUGUAACUUUUUUUAUUUUUGUAACCAUUUAUAUUAAUAAUAAAAAGUUUGUAAUGAAAUGAAAACUAAAA